AUGGGCCUUAACUCAAUGAACAGCCCAAUACACAUAACAAACAUAUAUUUUCUCCGAACUCUUUCCCUCGUUUCGCCUCAAAUCUCAAAACCCUAAUUUCUCAUCGUCUUCAUCUUCCUCUUCCUUCACCACCACCGCACACACACACACAACAUGGGUCGUGUGAGAACCAAAACCGUGAAGAAAUCUUCACGUCAAGUGAUCGAACGUUACUACUCAAGAAUGACCUUAGAUUUCCACACAAACAAAAAAAUCCUGGAAGAAGUUGCACUCAUUCCAUCGAAGAGACUCCGCAACAAAAUUGCUGGGUUUUCAACUCAUCUCAUGAAGCGAAUUCAAAAAGGACCUGUCCGUGGAAUUUCAUUGAAGUUACAAGAAGAGGAGCGUGAACGUCGCAUGGACUUCGUUCCUGAUGUUUCUGCCAUCAGGACCGACCAUAUUGCAGUUGAUAAGGAAACACUUGACAUGCUUUCUGCUCUUGGAAUGGCGGAGAUUCCCGGUGUCGUGCAAGUCGAUCCUGUCCCUGUUAAUGUUCAGCAGAUUCCAUUUGGCCGUGGAGCUGGUGGUGCUGCUGGUGCUGGAAGAAGGUUUUGAGAUUCAGAUUGAGGUUUAAUGUUUGUUUUUUAGAGUAAUUUUGGAUUGUAUGUUUUCUUUAUGAAUAUUAUGUUACUGUGUUUUGGUUUUUCAAAACUAGUUAAGUUCUUGUUAUGGAAUUUAUCUUUGUUUA